AAAAAAGGUCAAAGCCAAGCCGCCUUGUGUGUUUUUUUUUGGCUUUACACUUUAAUUUCAAAAGCGGCCAUUUUUAGCUAUUACACACACACUCACACACUUAAAAUAUCACCGUCCCUCGAUUACCGAUUUAGCAUCAUUUCGUGUGUCUUUUUUUCUUUUCGACUUCACCUCUAGCAUAUUCUAGUGACUUCUCCUCCAUCUCAAUCAGACUGAGAGCUCUCGACACAAUUAGGCGAACAAAUCACGAAACUCACUCUUACACAUCAUAUUCGCUGUCGGAAGUACAACAUGUUCUAAUCAUCGUAUCACAACCUUCAUUCGAACGAACGAAAUUGGCACGUUUGCCUGUGAUGCGAAUUAACAUAACAGCAAUCAUUUCAACAAAUACACAUUUGUAACAUCAAUCCAAAAACAUCGAUCAUGCCGGCAACAUCUUCUUCACAACCUCAAUCUACACCUCAUGCGCCUUUGGCCAGCUUGGCAGCACAUUGGCAUGCAUGCAGAGGUGAUAUUCCACCUCCCUUAGUGGGAGCAUCAGUGACAUUGGUCGAUGAUCCCAAUCCAACAAAAGCGCGAUUAUACUUAUUUGGAGGUCGUUUGGUCACUACGCGAAGAAUGAUGAACGAUUUAUACGAAUUGAACAUGUCUACUUUACGUUGGAAAAAGUUAUUUGCUUCUUCGGAAGAGGAAGAAGAAGAUGUGCCUGAUGGACAAAUGGCAGCAGGAUCAUCUUCGGCAGACAUUGCAAAACCACAACCGCGUUAUUUCCAUUCGUGUAAUCUGUGGGAAGGAAAGUUGAUCAUCUUUGGCGGAAUGGGAUACGUUGAUGGAAAUGAAUCAGAGCUUUGCGUUCUGAACGAGGUUGUCGCUUUUGAUUUGAAGACUUACACUUGGGAAUUCGAUAUCGUCUCGCCCUCAACUUCUGCCGAAAGUCUUCUUCCCCAGGCUCGUUAUGCUCACCUUUCUUCCACCACUGUCGAUUCGCUCAUCAUCAUUGGCGGUCAGGAUAUGGCAAACAGAUAUGUAGAAGAAAUCAACGUCUUGGACUUGAAGCAGAAGAAGUGGAUUCUACGACAGCCAUACGAAAAGCAAAGAGGAAGUUACAGAAGUUUGGCUGUGGAGCCUCUUUGGAAGAGCAUUAGCACCUUACCGACGAGCUAUAGGGAAUGGACACCGAAUGGAUCCUUAAAGCCUUUGCCAGUGUAUGUGUACACAAAUUACAACUUUACCGAUGUGAAAAGAGAGAUGGAGGUGGUAUCUCUCGAGCCCAAUGAUGAACAGGAGGAGUCACCGGACGCAUGCAGCAUUCAGAUUGACGAUCAAUCACAAGCCAUGUCCGGAGUCAGUCUACCGCCCGGCUUACGUUUCCCGAUGGGCGCAAUUCUAGGAUCGCAUAUGCUUAUCUCAGGAACAUACUUGGCAAAUACAUCGCAAACAUUUGCCAUUUGGGCGCUACAUCUACCUACGAUGACGUGGAACAGGCUGGAUGUUGGACCGCUUCUAUCAACAGGUUCGUGGAACAGAGGCGUGUUGUGGCCGCUACAAAAUCGGUUGGUCGUAUUUGGACAUAGGGAGCGUGAUCUUGUCGCUGAUUAUAACCAUCGACAGACAAAUUGGGAUCAUGUUUUGCUCAUUGAGCUAGAAGCAUGGGGAAUCACACAACCUCCAGUAAAGCAAAUGAGCCUGGCGUCAAUACAGAUGGGCUUGCAGAAAUUGGCCAGCAGCACUGUUGGAAGGGGCGACUUUGAGAUCGUCUGCUCAGACGGAAUGCGGUUAGGAUGUGAUAGGAUCAUCCUGGAAAAGAGAUGGCCAUGUCUUGCAACCUAUGCUGACCCGAGAAUUACACCUCGAGAAUUGCACAUCAGCGAACCUUCGCCGGUGAUGUUGGCACUGCUAACGUUCAUCUAUACAAGAUGCGUUUGCACACUAUUGCAGCAACACCCUGCCAUCGUUGCUGCUCUUUUGAUCGUUUCAAAAGUGUAUGAUAUGAAAGAUCUCGAGGUAUGGGCAAAGCAUACUGCACACGUUGUCAUGUCUCGCGAUUUAGCUCCACGGACCGUUGCAUUGUACGAAGCAGCGACGAUGAGUGGAUUUGAAGCAUUACAAAUUCGCUCUUUACGAACGGUAAUGUCGAUCGCAAAAUGGGUUCAAAGA